AUGGCGGCCUUCACGGUGCACACGAGCGCCGCCACCUCGCUCUACUCGCCUGCGGGCACGGCCAUCCUUCUCCGAAGCCGGAGUCGAGCCUACCCAACCACUACCACCAUCCGCGUGUCGUGCUCAAAGACGGUGGUGAUCGGGGUGGCGGCGGACUCCGGGUGCGGGAAGAGCACGUUCAUGCGGCGGCUGACGAGCGUGUUGGGCGGCGGCGCGGAGUCGCCGAGGGGCGGGAACCCGAACUCCAACACGCUGGUGAGCGACACCGCCACGGUGAUCUGCCUCGACGACUACCACUCGCUGGACCGGGCCGGGCGGAAGGCGAAGGGCGUCACGGCGCUGGACCCGAGGGCCCACGACUUCGACCUCAUGUACGAGCAGGUGAGGGCCAUCAAGGAGGGCCGCGCCGUCGAGAAGCCCGUCUACAACCACGUCACCGGCCGCCUCGACCCGCCCGAGCUCAUCACCCCGCCCGAGAUCCUCGUCAUCAAGGGGCUGCACCCAAUGUACGAUGAGCGCGUGAGGGACCUGCUAGACUUGAGCAUCUACCUGGACAUCAGCAACGAAGUGAAGUUUAAAUGGAAAGUUCAGAGAGACAUGGCAGAGCGUGGGCACAGCCUUGAGAACAUCAGGGCCAGCAUCGAGGCAAGGAAGCCCGACUUCGAUGCUUACAUUGAGCCGCAGAAGCAGUACGCGGACGCCGUGAUCGAGGUCCUGCCGACGCAGCUGAUCCCGGGCCCGGGCGACGACGAGGGCAAGGUGCUGCGCGUGAAGCUGAUCAUGAAGGAAGGCGUGGAGCACUUCGCCCCGGUGUACCUCUUCGACGAAGGAUCCACCGUCAACUGGAUCCCCUGCGGCCGGAAGCUCUCCUGCUCCUACCCCGGCAUCAGGUUCGCCUACGGCUUCGGCACCUACUUCGGGCACGAGGUGUCGGUGGUGGAGAUGGACGGGCAGUUCGACAAGCUGGACGAGCUCAUCUACGUGGAGACCCACCUGAGCAACCUGUCAACCAAGUUCUACGGGGAGGUGGCGCAGCAGAUGCUCAAGCACGCCGACUUCCCGGGCAGCAGCAAUGGCACGGGGCUCUUCCAGACCAUUGUCGGGCUCAAGAUCAGGGAUCUCUACGAGCAGAUCGUCGCACGUCGCUGA